AUGCCUGAUGAAUAUGAAAAUAGUAUACACCUUCAUUUAUUAGUGAAGGAUGUGCAUAAUUUGCCAGAAGGUUUGCGCAUAGUUGUCAAUUUUGAUAGACAACAUGUAGCAAUAGGAGAAGCAGCCGUACUCCUUGCAGGAAUUUGUGGGCAAUUGGCCACUGAUUGUGUAGCAUUUCCAAUCAGUUUUGAUAAGUGGUCAGACAUUCCAGAGAGCUUUUCUGAAAAUCAAUGGAAUAUUUUUUUUCAAGCUCGAUUUUACUUCAAAAAGGAACAUAGGAUAAAGCUUUGGAACGAGUUUUAUGAUCCGAGGUUGAGUAAAACUGAGAUCAUAAAUAAUACACCAGAAGAUAUUGCUCUUGAUCAAUGGGCUUUAUUCGUAGAAUAUCGUUUGAAGCCUGAAACUCAGAAUAUUUGUAAGAGGAAUCAAGAAAUUCGGCAAAAACAAAUAAUUCCUCAUACUUCAUGUGCUAAAUCAAUUGCAAGAAGAAGGACUGAAUUGGUUCGUUUCUAUGUUGGUAAUCAUGAAUUGACGGAAGAGACGGGAAAAGAAGUUAGUAGGGUUCAAAUGUGGGACAUCACUCACAAGAAAACAGAUGGAAGUUAUGUUAAUGAAAAGGCUAAAGAAAUAGCGAUUGAAGCAUAUAGCAGUCAACAAGCGGUGGAAUCAACCGUUAAUUCUCCUCUUGAUGCUCUUGGAGUAGUUCUUGGGAAAGAGCACCCUGGUCGUGUUCGAGGUUUAGGCAUGGGAGCUGUUCCAACUGUUGCUUUCAAGAACAACACCACAAGAAUUAGUCAGAUGAACUUAGGUUCUUCAAAUGAUGCUAGCACAUCAUCUACUUGUGGUUCCAAUGUGCAAAAAGAGAUGGAUACUGUUAAAGCGCAGUUGCAAGCAUUAGUCUCUUAUAUUGCUUUUAAGGAAGGAGGUAAAAUUUCAGUAGAAUUAGCUGGAAUGUUUCCUACUCAACAAAUUUCACAGAGUAGUGCUUCCUGA